AUGAUGGCUGAUCAAAUUUUUAAUUGUGAAAGUUUUGAAGAUAUUUCAAACUAUAUAUAAUAUCAAGAAUAGGAUUCAUUGCCUUUGAGUUUUUGCCAUUUUUAAGAAAACUAAAACAAUGAAGAUAAGUAUGGAUUGUUUAAAUAAAAUUAGUACAACUGAAAUGGAAAUUCUUUUUGAUUUGAAUAAAAAUGAAGAUGUGAUUAUGGAGAGUGAUUAAGAGGAGAAGUAAAGAUUUCAUUUAAAUAGAAAAAAAAUAAGAGAAAAACUGGAAAAUGUAUUUAAAAGAUAAUUAAAGAAGGAAAAGAAAUCAAAGUUUUAAAAUGAAUGUCGUUAUAUAGUUGGGAAUGCAAUUCAAGCUAUGGAAAAUUUUGAAUUGCCAUAAGAUAUAGUAAACUAUUAUAAAAGAAUUGGUUCAUCAAUAAUUGGAUUUCAGGCUUUAAAAUAACAUCUAAUUUUAAAUAAAGAUGAUUCAAAUGAAACGAUAUAAAGGAAAAGAAUUUUCUAAGGCUAUUUAAUUGAGUUUUUAUAAAAAAAAGGUUGA